CUCGCAACUAUUGUUUAUCCAAAGUAUAUCUUGCACACUGUGCUUGUAUCGUGCUUCAUGUCCGCGUGCGCAAAACUCCAGCUGUUUACAUCCGUUAUUUCGAAGUUUGUAAAAGGAAUGAUAGUAAAAAAUACAAUUUUUGUACGAAAUGAAUAAAUUUUAAACUUAUUAAAAUGAACAUGGAACAGGUUAAAAUUAGAACCAAAUAUGUUCCCCAUAAAAUGUCACCGCACAUGACCUUGCGGGUUCGCCCACUGUGUUUCAUCACUCAACAUCGUCGUGCAGCUUGCUGCGGGCUCUCGCCUGUGUCUGUUCUGCAAACGCUUGUGGGUUGGUCGUGGAAGCGGAAUAAAAUCGGCAGCUUUUUCCUCGGGAAAGGGCCCGCUGUGUGUGUUUGUUUGUGUGUUCCCCGGCGUACCCCAUUGAAGCGGUGAAUCAGCCGUGUGAAGGAAUUUUAAAAAGUCAUCGUGACGUGUGACACACACGCGAAAGUGUAGUUGAUCCCUGGCAUCACAGUGUCUGUUCGCGUGAGGAGCACUUCACCGUAAAACCAUCUGCCAGGAUAAAUACAUAAAAGUGAAGCUACGAACCGCCGAUCGAUUGCUGGCGAGAAGUGCACAGGGAUUACUCAACACACGCCUCUGAAGUUUGACGGGAUCAAAGUAACCAUAAACACGCCCAAGCCUUAACCGUCCGCAACGACAAUCCGCUGGUGUGUUUGGUGGGUGGUGGCGCUGCUGCUCUCGGGGCGACGGUAGGGUUUUUCCCCCUGGUUUUUUUUUUCAUCACACGGUAAAACCGGGCGGUGGCUGUGUGGCACUCCACACAGUCUCCAUCCGUACAGCGCACGGCGGCACACUGGGCACCCGGGUACGGCUCUGUCGGCAAACGAUGGCGGAGGUGGGCACCAGCUCGAGCGGCGACGGCGAGUCGGCCGCACCGGACAAACCGAAGGGUUCGGUCAAGUUCACCGAGGCCGACCUGGCCGCCAUCAAGCAGACGAGCGAUACGCUGAAGCGCAACCCCAAGAUGGACUUUAGCAAAGCGGACCUGCUGAAGCUGCUCAGCUAUCUCGAGGGCGAGCUGCAGGCACGCGACGUCGUGAUUGCCGUGCUCAAGACGGAAAAGAUCAAACAGCUGCUGACGGCACCGCGGUACAGCAAGCCGCCGAACCUGAACGAUCCGCACGCGGCCCUGUUCCGCGACCAGCUCGCGGCAAGCGGCAACAUCGCGAGCCGCCAGUCCUCAUUUCAAGCGGCCCAUUCCGAGCACGAGAUGCGGCUGAUGAGCGACCAGCGGACGGGGGUGCGCGAGCAGAUGGAUUCGCUCGCCGCGCUCGUGAUGCAGCAGCGCCAGGCGCAGGCCAAGAUGAUCGAGGCGCUGAAGGACGCGGAGGAGCGGCACAAGCGCGUCGUGCAGGAGCUGUACGACGAGCGGCGCAAGCACGAGCACACGACCGCCCAGGGCGACGACAUUACGUACGGGCUGGAGAUCGAGCGGUCGCGCCUCAAGCAGGAGCUGGACCACGAGAAGGACCAGCACAAGGUGCUGGAGAUCGAGCUGAAGAAGGUGCAGGAGCAGUUCGAGGCGGAGAAGAACCGGCAGAAGCAGAUCGUGCUGCUGCUGCUGGCGGAGCGCAAGAAGAUCAUCAUCAAGUACAUCGAGGAGCGGAAGCGGAGCGAAGACCUGGCGCAAAUACUGUCCGAGGAGAAGCAGCGGGUCGACACGAUCGCGGAGGGGCUGGAGGAGGAGAGCAAAAAGUCGCUCCGGAUGGAGGCGGAGCUGGAGAAGCAGGCGCAGCAGUUCGAGCUGGAGCGGAAGCUGCUGCACCAAAGCCUGGCCAAGGAGGAGAAACGGGUAAAGGAACAAGAGGUAGAAAUACAGCAACUAAAGGCGGAAAUUGAAUUGCUCCGCAAGCAAACCGGUAUACGGCAUCCGCUUGUAGCGCCGCAGCUACCUACCAAACCGGGCGGGCUCGUACCGUCCCGGCCAUCGAUCGCUGGCGCUGGACCGGGUGGCGUACCCACCGUCGGUGCAGCGGGAAGUCCAUCCUCACUGGGAGCGACUGUCACUUCAGGAUCGAUAGGUAUACCGGGGCAGAUGAUUAGUAGCAUGGCGACGAAAGUUGUCCAGCCGACCGCAACCGUAUCGAGCGUUCCGGUUACCGCACCAACAACCGGAAUCGCUCGCUCGGUCUCGCCGGGGCAACUAAUUCGACAGACGGCCAUUUCGCAACUUUCCGUCACCUCGCCCCCCUUGGUCGGUGCAGCUGCUCCGGCAGCUGGUGGAGCCGGUGCAGCGGCAGGAGCAAUUGGCACCACGCCUCCCGUGCCUGCCGGCGCGUCACCGGACACCUACGCCAACACACCGGCCGGAAAGAUGGCGGCGAGUGCGGCGGGCGUACGGAAGGCGGCCACAACGGCGAUCGGCGGCGGAUCAGCGGCAACAGCAGCGGCAGGAAGUCCAAUGUCCGGCUCGACGGCAACCAUCAAGAAGACAAUAAUACUGCCGGUCGGGGGGCGCGGCGUACCGCCACCGAUCCCGCCCAACAAGCCGCAGAUACCGCCGAAGCUGUCCGGCGUGUCGGCGGUCGCUGCCGUGGCAGCCGGUGCCGUCUCAUCCCGCAUACCCUUUCUCAGCAAUAGUGGCGGCAGCAGCAGCAGUAGCAGCAGCAGCAGUGGUAGUAGCACCGGUUCGAUCAACAGCAGCACCACUACCCCUGUUAGUCCCGUCAGCAGUAGUAUCGGCGGCAGUAACGCACUCAGUAGCAGCACCGCCUGUAACAGCAGCAGCAGCAGCGGCAGCAACAGCUCGUCCGCCACCAGUAGUAGUAACAGUGUAGCAAGCAGCAGCGGCAGCAUUAUUAACAGCAACACUAGUGCGCAACAGCCAUGUCCACCAUCCCACAACACCACCACUGGCACAGCUAUCACUACCGCCAUGAACAUAAACACUACCAACACCACCACCACCCCUCCCAGCAGCACCAAUAAUAGUAAUAAUGCCGCCAGUGCGCCAAACGCCUUACUGCAGCAGCAACAGCAACAUCAUACUCAUCCCGUACCGCCGCUCUACACGCAUCAUCCGCAUCACGUUUCCCAUCUUGCUCAUGUUGCCGGUACCGGUGGGGCCUCCACCAACGCCCCAGCAGCGGCCACAGCCGCCACCGCCACAGCAACCGGUGGCGGCGCUACCCAACAGCAGCAAGGUUUUGCGACGGCAGCCGCAUCUGCCCCAUCCGUACCAUCAGCCGCCACCGGUGGGCCAUCCGAAGUAUUGACCACCACCAACCUCGGUUGCGAGGGUGGGAUAGUGUAAAACGGCCAAUCGGGGUGGUGUGGCCGUCCUGUUCAACGACUACAUUGAUCCGCGCAGCCGUGGGACACACGGCAACGGUAAAGAUAUUGUAUCGUGCCAUAUACAUUCACACGCGCUGGUACGUAGGAUGUUGCUCUAGCUAUUGUUAAGGAGUAACGUGCAAGCGCACGUCUUGUACGCGGCCACAUUACACAUACUACUAACCCACAAAACCCAUGCACCUAGCGAAUGUUUGUGAUGUGAUUUUUAUUCUAUUUGCCUUUUAAAAGUGGUGCUUUUGAUUUGUAACGUUAGUCCCUUACACUGUAGCUUCUACCAGUACCGUGUGUUUUUAUCAGUAGCACAUCUAUUUUGACAAUGUUUUUGUUUUAUAAAAAAAAAGGAUUCUAUUAGUAGCAUCACUUCGUUUUUAUCUUUGCCCAUUGUAACAUGGCUGUAUAGUGUGUGGCUAUUCUUAUUUAUUGAUUAUUUAAAAAAAUGUUUUAUUGCUAUUACAUCACACGAUAAUUUUAAUUUUAACACAUUCGCUGGUGCAUUUGACCAAUAAUCAAACAAUACACAACUCAAAGUCAUAAAUAAGUAUAUAAGAUUCCUAACCAAGAACACAGUACUACUAUGUGUGCUGUUUUACCUACAUUCACUCUAACGGACCAGUUAAAAUGCGUUGACCUAGUUGAGUAUUUGUUGUUACAAGCUACUACUAUUUACUUACUUAUCAUUCGAGCGCUACAACCGGUUUGCUUCGUAUCAUCGUAUCGUAUCAAUUUCACAGUUAUUAUUGUGGUUGCACAGUAAUACUGAACAAUGAUUGCACGGGUAUGGAACCCGUUUUAUCCAUUAUCUCAAAAGGGGGAAACUGGUAAAGGUUUCGUCCUGCAGACUUGAGCAAUCUUCCAGAAAGUAUUGGAGCGUGAUUCAAGUUUUUCCAGAUGAUCUUCGAAGACUAUAUCUUAUUUAUCUGAUCUGCUGGAACUGCUGUGUGCAGACGACGGCAUUCUAGAAAGUGGUGGUACAAUGUCUUUGGCUUUACCAGUAGACGGGUUAUUUUUGCGGUUUUGUUGAUUUGCAAGUAUGCGUAUUUGCUGAUAUUUGUUGCGUUUGAGGGUAGGACAUAUCACGCGCAGGAUGCUUUUCACCACUGAGUAAGGCUACCGAUCCCUCCGCUGUGCAGUUAUAUCCCCUAGAAUGACAUCUGGUCUCUUCCUGGGGGUAUCUUCUUUUUGAGCUACCGCUGCCGCACAAAAUUGAAAUUUCAACGGGACGAAAACUUUGUUGGAAGUGAUAUUUACAUCGCGCUGAAUCACAUAGACAACUUUCAUUAUUAAUAAUCAUAAUUCAUAAUUCCUAACUUUCUUAACGAGCAUAGGGUUAUGAACUGUUUAACUAUGAAUAUGCGUAAUAUAAAUGUGAGGAUUGAGAUUGAUGUAAACACGGAAGAUGUUAAACACUGAGUGCUAUACUCUACUGCACUUUGUUAUAUCAGCCAGAUUAAGGAUGAAAAUGCGGUUAAUCGUGUAGAAAAUUCUGCUCGAAGGCGCUGUAUUCUUUUCUACUAUCGGAUUACGUUUCUAAAACUGGCAGAGUGCACAUUCCUUCUAGUACUUCUCUUCCUUAAAUUUUAAAUUAAAUAGGACUUUAUGCAUGGCGCUACAGUUAGUUGUGACGUCUUGUUAUAAUCGUUUCUAUUUCAAGGGGUCAGUUUGUCACACACACAUCAUAAACCCUCUAAAAUCUUGUGAUUCUUCGAUGACUGUUUCAUCGAGAACUUUACGCAUGACGCCACAGUUAGUUGUGACGUCUUGCUACUGUUCGACAUGUAGUCGUAUCAUCGGAUUUCGUAUCAUCACCGUUGACAGAGCUAACAAAAGAGACGUCGCCACAGGAGUACUAUGCAGUAGUACAUGUACUGGGACUCUGGGACUCUCCUCUUGAAGGUAGUGUCCUUUUUGAUAGCUGCAUCGUAAGACGCUGUCGGAAGUUGGAUAAAUUCGGAAUAGUUAUUCCUUAAACGGUUCCAUCGCUUCCUUCGGCCCAGAUUCUACGACCUCGGUGCCCGAAUAGGAUUAAAACGAUUAUUAUAAGUCCCAGUGACUGUUUCAUCGAGAACUUUAUGCAUGACGCCACAGUUAGUUGUGACGUCUUGCUCCUGUUCGACAUUUAGUUGUAUAUAGAUUUCGUAUCAUCACCAUCGACAGAGCUAACAAAAGAGACGUCGUCACAGGAGUACUAUGCAGUAGUACAUGUACUGGGACUCUGAGACACUCCUCUCGAAGGUAGUGUCCUUUUUGAUAGCUGCAUCGUAAGACGCUGUCGGAAGUUGGAUAAAUUCGGAAUAGUUAGUUGUCACGUCUUGGCACGAUCGUCCCUAUUACUAGGUGACAUUUAGUCUUGCUGUGUGGAAAAUUGUAAACCAAUGUUUCGUACCAUACUCGUUGUAACUCGAUUGUAUGAAUCAUUUAUGUGCGAAUCAAUCAUGUGGGGCUUCUUAAUCAUGCCUAUCAAUCCGUAACUGUUUUGAUCUCUUUAGGUUCCGUUGAUUAAUGCCUAGUAAUACGAUAGAAAUGUUGAGCGAAUUCAAUAAAUCAUGACCUUUAAUAAUUGGACAUGCAAUUUUGCGUAAUAUAAUAAAAGAAUGUCGAAUGGAAUGAUUGUUCAACCGGAUAACGCAAUCAAUUGUUCUCCGAGAAUAAAGUGGUCCUCGGACCAUCAUACAAUAUUCAGAAACAGACAGAGGUCUUAACAGCUUGGCUGAUAGGACUUCAGUAUUGCUUACAGGGCUUACUGUAUCAAGAAGAGAACGGUCGCGAGGGAGGGUGGUACGCUUAGCAGAAGGGUGUGAAAACGUCUAACUUUACAUAUUUGUCUGAGAGACGAGUCGCCUAAUAGAAUCUGCACAUUCUUUCUUCAUCGGGGUUAUGUUGAAUAACGCCUCCACGAUGGAUUUAACGAUAAGGUACACUUAACUUAACUUAACACUUAACUGUUCGCGAUGUGUGCUUUGAGUCGUUAUCAUGCUGAAAGAUGUAAUGCUCUUCGCUUCCUAAUGUUUCUCGAGCGUAUGGCAACAUCUUACGACGAAGUAUUUUUCUGUACCCUUCCGAGUUCAGUGUCCCGUUGAUACGGAACAAAGGAACCGUGCACUUUAUUCCAGCAGCCGCUAUCCUUUGAAUAAUCAGGCUCUGAUACUCGGUACAAUGUUUACCUCGACCUAUUGUUUCACGUAGCGACUAACGCGCACAUCCUGGAUUGCCAAAUAACACUUAACUGUUCGCGAUGUGUGCUUUGAGUCGUUAUCAUGCUGAAAGAUGUAAUGCUCUUCGCUUCCGAAUGUUUCUCGAGCGUAUGGCAACAUCUUACGACGAAGUAUUUUUCUGUACCGUUCCGAGUUCAGUCGAGACAAUUCAUUCUCCAAUCGCUCGAUGAGUCUUUCCAUGGAAGCUCCCUUCACUGCUGUGACCGUGCCAACACCACUUUUACUAGCAGCACCGCUCGUGGCUGUGGUCUUCCCUUCCGUCGGCUUAGUCAACACUGCGAUCGGCUUCGCACCCACCGGUGGUCUGGUGCCGGUUGAACCCGACCUCGGGCGCAGGAUUCGAUUGGUAGACAUCGUGGAAGCCUUUUCGUUUUUUCACAAGUCGUUUCCGAUUUUUUCCCUCGUACUUUGACGAAAAACCGGAAAUUCGAGCAUUUUCGAGCUGCUCGAAACUCGUCGAAUCUAAUUCGUCGAAACUCGAACUUCCGGACGUCUUGCUACUGUUCAACAUAUAGUCGUAGACGGAUUUCGUAUCACCACUGUGGACAGAGCUAACAAAAGAGACGUCGCCACAGGAGUACUAUGCAGUAGUACAUGUACUGGGACUCUGGGACUCUCCUCUUGAAGGUAGUGUCCUUUUUGAUAGCUGCAGCGUGAGACGCUGUCGGAAGUUGGAUAAAUUCGGAAUAGUUAUUCCUUAAACGGUUCCAUCGCUUCCAUCGGCCCAGAUUCUACGACCUCGGUGCCCGAAUAGGAUUAAAACGAUUAUUAUAGGUCCCAGUGACUGUUUCAUCGAGAACUUUAUGCAUGACGCCACAGUUAGUUGUGACGUCUUGCUCCUGUUCGACAUUUAGUUGUAGAUAGAUUUCGUAUCAUCACCAUCGACAGAGCUAACAAAAGAGACGUCGCCACAGGAGUACUAUGCAGUAGUACAUGUACUGGGACUCUGGGACUCUCCUCUUGAAGGUAGUGUCCUUUUUGAUAGCUGCAGCGUGAGACGCUGUCGGAAGUUGGAUAAAUUCGGAAUAGUUAUUCCUUAAACGGUUCCAUCGCUUCCAUCGGCCCAGAUUCUACGACCUCGGUGCCCGAAUAGGAUUAAAACGAUUAUUAUAGGUCCCAGUGACUGUUUCAUCGAGAACUUUAUGCAUGACGCCACAGUUAGUUGUGACGUCUUGCUACUGUUCGACAUGUAGUCGUAUCAUCGGAUUUCGUAUCAUCACCGUUGACAGAGCUAACAAAAGAGACGUCGCCACAGGAGUACUAUGCAGUAGUACAUGUACUGGGACUCUGGGACUCUCCUCUUGAAGGUAGUGUCCUUUUUGAUAGCUGCAGCGUGAGACGCUGUCGGAAGUUGGAUAAAUUCGGAAUAGUUAUUCCUUAAACGGUUCCAUCGCUUCCUUCGGCCCAGAUUCUACGACCUCGGUGCCCGAAUAGGAUUAAAACGAUUAUUAUAAGUCCCAGUGACUGUUUCAUCGAGAACUUUAUGCAUGACGCCACAGUUAGUUGUGACGUCUUGCUCCUGUUCGACAUUUAGUUGUAGAUAGAUUUCGUAUCAUCACCAUCGACAGAGCUAACAAAAGAGACGUCGCCACAGGAGUACUAUGCAGUAGUACAUGUACUGGGACUCUGGGACUCUCCUCUUGAAGGUAGUGUCCUUUUUGAUAGCUGCAGCGUGAGACGCUGUCGGAAGUUGGAUAAAUUCGGAAUAGUUAUUCCUUAAACGGUUCCAUCGCUUCCAUCGGCCCAGAUUCUACGACCUCGGUGCCCGAAUAGGAUUAAAACGAUUAUUAUAGGUCCCAGUGACUGUUUCAUCGAGAACUUUAUGCAUGACGCCACAGUUAGUUGUGACGUCUUGCUCCUGUUCGACAUGUAGUUGUAGAUAGAUAUCGUAUCAUCACCGUGGACAGAGCUAACAAAAGAGACGUCGUCACAGGAGUACUAUGCAGUAGUACAUGUACUUGGACUCUGAGACACUCCUCUCGAAGGUAGUGUCGUUUUUUUAUAGCUGCAGCGUAAGACGUUGUCGGAAGUUGGAUAAAUAGCCACCGUUAGUUGUGACGUCUUGGUACGAUCGUCCCUAUUACUAGGUGACAUUUAGUCUUGCCGUGUGGAAAAUUGUAAACCAAUGUUUCGCACCAUACUCGUUGUAACUCGAUUGUAUGAAUCAUUUAUGUGCGAAUCAAUCAUGUGGGGCUUCUAAAUCAUGCCUAUCAAUCCGUAACUGUUUUGAUCUCUUUAGGUUCCGUUGAUUAAUGCCUAGUAAUACAAGAGAAAUGUUGAGCGAAUUCAAUAAAUCAUAACCUUUAAUAAUUGGACAUGCAAUUUUGGGUAAUAUAAUAAAAGAAUGUCGAAUGGAAUGAUUGUUCAACCGGAUAACGCAAUCAAUUGUUCUCCGAGAAUAAAGUGGUCCUCGGACCAUCAUACAAUAUUCAGAAACAGACAGAGGUCUUAACAGCUUGGCUGAUAGGACUUCAGUAUUGCUUACAGGGCUUACUGUAUCAAGAAGAGAACGGUCGCGAGGGAGGGUGGUACGCUUAGCAGAAGGGUGUGAAAACGUCUAACUUUACAUAUUUGUCUGAGAGACGAGUCGCCUAAUAGAAUCUGCACAUUCUUUCUUCAUCGGGGUUAUGUUGAAUAACGCCUCCACGAUGGAUUUAACGAUAAGGUACACUUAACUUAACUUAACACUUAACUGUUCGCGAUGUGUGCUUUGAGUCGUUAUCAUGCUGAAAGAUGUAAUGCUCUUCGCUUCCUAAUGUUUCUCGAGCGUAUGGCAACAUCUUACGACGAAGUAUUUUUCUGUACCCUUCCGAGUUCAGUGUCCCGUUGAUACGGAACAAAGGAACCGUGCACUUUAUUCCAGCAGCCGCUAUCCUUUGAAUAAUCAGGCUCUGAUACUCGGUACAAUGUUUACCUCGACCUAUUGUUUCACGUAGCGACUAACGCGCACAUCCUGGAUUGCCAAAUAACACUUAACUGUUCGCGAUGUGUGCUUUGAGUCGUUAUCAUGCUGAAAGAUGUAAUGCUCUUCGCUUCCGAAUGUUUCUCGAGCGUAUGGCAACAUCUUACGACUAAGUAUUUUUCUGUACCGUUCCGAGUUCAGUCGAGACAAUUCAUUCUCCAAUCGCUCGAUGAGUCUUUCCAUGGAAGCUCCCUUCACUGCUGUGACCGUGCCAACACCACUUUUACUAGCAGCACCGCUCGUGGCUGUGGUCUUCCCUUCCGUCGGCUUAGUCAACACUGCGAUCGGCUUCGCACCCACCGGUGGUCUGGUGCCGGUUGAACCCGACCUCGGGCGCAGGAUUCGAUUGGUAGACAUCGUGGAAGCCUUUUCGUUUUUUCACAAGUCGUUUCCGAUUUUUUCCCUCGUACUUUGACGAAAAACCGGAAAUUCGAGCAUUUUUGAGCUGCUCGAAACUCGUCGAAUCUAAUUCGUCGAAACUCGAACUUCCGGACGUCUUGCUACUGUUCAACAUAUAGUCGUAGACGGAUUUCGUAUCACCACUGUGGACAGAGCUAACAAAAGAGACGUCGCCACAGGAGUACUAUGCAGUAGUACAUGUACUGGGACUCUGGGACUCUCCUCUUGAAGGUAGUGUCCUUUUUGAUAGCUGCAGCGUGAGACGCUGUCGGAAGUUGGAUAAAUUCGGAAUAGUUAUUCCUUAAACGGUUCCAUCGCUUCCAUCGGCCCAGAUUCUACGACCUCGGUGCCCGAAUAGGAUUAAAACGAUUAUUAUAGGUCCCAGUGACUGUUUCAUCGAGAACUUUAUGCAUGACGCCACAGUUAGUUGUGACGUCUUGCUCCUGUUCGACAUGUAGUUGUAGAUAGAUUUCGUAUCAUCACCGUGGACAGAGCUAACAAAAGAGACGUCGUCACAGGAGUACUAUGCAGUAGUACAUGUACUUGGACUCUGAGACACUCCUCUCGAAGGUAGUGUCGUUUUUUUAUAGCUGCAGCGUAAGACGCUGUCGGAAGUUGGAUAAAUCGCCACCGUUAGUUGUGACGUCUUGGUACGAUCGUCCCUAUUACUAGGUGACAUUUAGUCUUGCCGUGUGGAAAAUUGUAAACCAAUGUUUCGCACCAUACUCGUUGUAACUCGAUUGUAUGAAUCAUUUAUGUGCGAAUCAAUCAUGUGGGGCUUCUAAAUCAUGCCUAUCAAUCCGUAACUGUUUUGAUCUCUUUAGGUUCCGUUGAUUAAUGCCUAGUAAUACAAGAGAAAUGUUGAGCGAAUUCAAUAAAUCAUAACCUUUAAUAAUUGGACAUGCAAUUUUGGGUAAUAUAAUAAAAGAAUGUCGAAUGGAAUGAUUGUUCAACCGGAUAACGCAAUCAAUUGUUCUCCGAGAAUAAAGUGGUCCUCGGACCAUCAUACAAUAUUCAGAAACAGACAGAGGUCUUAACAGCUUGGCUGAUAGGACUUCAGUAUUGCUUACAGGGCUUACUGUAUCAAGAAGAGAACGGUCGCGAGGGAGGGUGGUACGCUUAGCAGAAGGGUGUGAAAACGUCUAACUUUACAUAUUUGUCUGAGAGACGAGUCGCCUAAUAGAAUCUGCACAUUCUUUCUUCAUCGGGGUUAUGUUGAAUAACGCCUCCACGAUGGAUUUAACGAUAAGGUACACUUAACUUAACUUAACACUUAACUGUUCGCGAUGUGUGCUUUGAGUCGUUAUCAUGCUGAAAGAUGUAAUGCUCUUCGCUUCCUAAUGUUUCUCGAGCGUAUGGCAACAUCUUACGACGAAGUAUUUUUCUGUACCCUUCCGAGUUCAGUGUCCCGUUGAUACGGAACAAAGGAACCGUGCACUUUAUUCCAGCAGCCGCUAUCCUUUGAAUAAUCAGGCUCUGAUACUCGGUACAAUGUUUACCUCGACCUAUUGUUUCACGUAGCGACUAACGCGCACAUCCUGGAUUGCCAAAUAACACUUAACUGUUCGCGAUGUGUGCUUUGAGUCGUUAUCAUGCUGAAAGAUGUAAUGCUCUUCGCUUCCGAAUGUUUCUCGAGCGUAUGGCAACAUCUUACGACGAAGUAUUUUUCUGUACCGUUCCGAGUUCAGUCGAGACAAUUCAUUCUCCAAUCGCUCGAUGAGUCUUUCCAUGGAAGCUCCCUUCACUGCUGUGACCGUGCCAACACCACUUUUACUAGCAGCACCGCUCGUGGCUGUGGUCUUCCCUUCCGUCGGCUUAGUCAACACUGCGAUCGGCUUCGCACCCACCGGUGGUCUGGUGCCGGUUGAACCCGACCUCGGGCGCAGGAUUCGAUUGGUAGACAUCGUGGAAGCCUUUUCGUUUUUUCACAAGUCGUUUCCGAUUUUUUCCCUCGUACUUUGACGAAAAACCGGAAAUUCGAGCAUUUUCGAGCUGCUCGAAACUCGUCGAAUCUAAUUCGUCGAAACUCGAACUUCCGGACGUCUUGCUACUGUUCAACAUAUAGUCGUAGACGGAUUUCGUAUCACCACUGUGGACAGAGCUAACAAAAGAGACGUCGCCACAGGAGUACUAUGCAGUAGUACAUGUACUGGGACUCUGGGACUCUCCUCUUGAAGGUAGUGUCCUUUUUGAUAGCUGCAGCGUGAGACGCUGUCGGAAGUUGGAUAAAUUCGGAAUAGUUAUUCCUUAAACGGUUCCAUCGCUUCCAUCGGCCCAGAUUCUACGACCUCGGUGCCCGAAUAGGAUUAAAACGAUUAUUAUAGGUCCCAGUGACUGUUUCAUCGAGAACUUUAUGCAUGACGCCACAGUUAGUUGUGACGUCUUGCUCCUGUUCGACAUUUAGUUGUAGAUAGAUUUCGUAUCACCACUGUGGACAGAGCUAACAAAAGAGACGUCGCCACAGGAGUACUAUGCAGUAGUACAUGUACUGGGACUCUGGGACUCUCCUCUUGAAGGUAGUGUCCUUUUUGAUAGCUGCAGCGUGAGACGCUGUCGGAAGUUGGAUAAAUUCGGAAUAGUUAUUCCUUAAACGGUUCCAUCGCUUCCAUCGGCCCAGAUUCUACGACCUCGGUGCCCGAAUAGGAUUAAAACGAUUAUUAUAGGUCCCAGUGACUGUUUCAUCGAGAACUUUAUGCAUGACGCCACAGUUAGUUGUGACGUCUUGCUCCUGUUCGACAUGUAGUUGUAGAUAGAUUUCGUAUCAUCACCGUGGACAGAGCUAACAAAAGAGACGUCGUCACAGGAGUACUAUGCAGUAGUACAUGUACUUGGACUCUGAGACACUCCUCUCGAAGGUAGUGUCGUUUUUUUAUAGCUGCAGCGUAAGACGCUGUCGGAAGUUGGAUAAAUCGCCACCGUUAGUUGUGACGUCUUGGUACGAUCGUCCCUAUUACUAGGUGACAUUUAGUCUUGCCGUGUGGAAAAUUGUAAACCAAUGUUUCGCACCAUACUCGUUGUAACUCGAUUGUAUGAAUCAUUUAUGUGCGAAUCAAUCAUGUGGGGCUUCUAAAUCAUGCCUAUCAAUCCGUAACUGUUUUGAUCUCUUUAGGUUCCGUUGAUUAAUGCCUAGUAAUACAAGAGAAAUGUUGAGCGAAUUCAAUAAAUCAUAACCUUUAAUAAUUGGACAUGCAAUUUUGGGUAAUAUAAUAAAAGAAUGUCGAAUGGAAUGAUUGUUCAACCGGAUAACGCAAUCAAUUGUUCUCCGAUAAUAAAGUGGUCCUCGGACCAUCAUACAAUAUUCAGAAACAGACAGAGGUCUUAACAGCUUGGCUGAUAGGACUUCAGUAUUGCUUACAGGGCUUACUGUAUCAAGAAGAGAACGGUCGCGAGGGAGGGUGGUACGCUUAGCAGAAGGGUGUGAAAACGUCUAACUUUACAUAUUUGUCUGAGAGACGAGUCGCCUAAUAGAAUCUGCACAUUCUUUCUUCAUCGGGGUUAUGUUGAAUAACGCCUCCACGAUGGAUUUAACGAUAAGGUACACUUAACUUAACUUAACACUUAACUGUUCGCGAUGUGUGCUUUGAGUCGUUAUCAUGCUGAAAGAUGUAAUGCUCUUCGCUUCCUAAUGUUUCUCGAGCGUAUGGCAACAUCUUACGACGAAGUAUUUUUCUGUACCCUUCCGAGUUCAGUGUCCCGUUGAUACGGAACAAAGGAACCGUGCACUUUAUUCCAGCAGCCGCUAUCCUUUGAAUAAUCAGGCUCUGAUACUCGGUACAAUGUUUACCUCGACCUAUUGUUUCACGUAGCGACUAACGCGCACAUCCUGGAUUGCCAAAUAACACUUAACUGUUCGCGAUGUGUGCUUUGAGUCGUUAUCAUGCUGAAAGAUGUAAUGCUCUUCGCUUCCGAAUGUUUCUCGAGCGUAUGGCAACAUCUUACGACUAAGUAUUUUUCUGUACCCUUCCGGGUUCAGUGUCCCGUUUAUACGGGACCUCACACUACCUUGCACGUUUGCCGCACUCAAAAACAAUACAUAAACACAAUUUUUUUUCCUAUUUUUGUGUCCAGUAUGUGUAGUAUGUUAUUUGUUCUCGUAGCGCUCGGGCAACAGCUUCCCAGGCUACGUCGUAGUUUUUUUAUGUGAUUUCCAAAGCGUCGAUUACCGCGCGUGCGUUCUUAGUAAGUGACGCAGCAAGGUAAUGCAACUUGCCACAUCCGAUCAGCUGCUCUGACGAAUGGAUCAGUGACUGAAAUGCGAAGGCAAGCCAUGACAGUUUGGAUGAUGUUUAAGUAUCUGUGUUGGUCCAUGAUAUCUUUCAUCCAAAAGAUAGGACCGACACCGUCGGUAGCUUCUCCUCGUUGGAAAUUGUUCCAUUUGGUGUAAUCUACAUGAACCUCUUUAAAAGUUAUUCCACUUAGUGUAGUCAACGUGGUUAGCUACGGAUAUAUUUGAACAGUUGGAAGAACUGUGAUCCUCGGAUGUAUGUCCCUAUGUUAGAACAAGCCAUUUCACGGAUCGCGUCAAUCGGAGUAUCAGGAGCAAUACGGGAGAUAAAGACCCAAGUACGGGGUGGGCGUUCAGGAACGGUCGUAAUAUUAUUGCAGGACAACCCUGUACCCGAUGAAAGCAUAACGCGUGUAACGGUAUUGAUAGGCGAUGGGUCGGGAGAGCGAUCCAUCAAUCGACGUUUAGAAGGAUGCUCACCAGCAGCUUGAUGGGUGUGCUUAGAGGCGGCAACUGGAAUCGUGGUCGUUGAGUGCGUAGCAGGAAUCGCAAAAUGGUUAGCACUCGAUGUAGUAGUAUGCGGGGCAAGAUGAGAAUUGAGCUUGUUCAUUAGUGAGUUGAAGGAAGUGAGAAGCUCACGGUGCAUGAGAUCAAGCUCCUUGAUGCCAUGCUUAACUUCAUCAAGCGUUGUGAGUAGUGGAGCCUCAGGGUAGUUGCGUUCCAUUGAGUGAGAAGCAGUAAGUGAGUCGAUGAUAUCUUUCACGGAACGAAUUGACGAUGCUGAUUCCUGUUUCAUCAAAGCUAUCUCGUUUCUAAAACAAUCCAGUGAAGAGGAACAGUGACAGAACGACAGUCACAGAACGUGAGGUAUUGCGGAAAUCGGACUGCAACGAUUCCAACAGGUAGGCAGCGUCACGAGAAAGGCCGUGCGAGAAGCGUAAAGUGUCAACGGCCCGCAAACGCUGAGCACAAUCCGCGCAAGCCCAGAAUAAAUUUUGUGACUUCUUAAAAUCACGCAGGAGCGGGGUUGAAAGUCCAAUGCACUUAUCGUGGUAGUAGUGUUCGCAUAGACCGAAGCACGGAAUUGGAUCGUUGCUAAUAGCACCUUCACAUUUCUUACAGAUCACAGUCGCCAUCGCAAAAUAGCGCAAAGUUCAACUGCACAGUGAGGGGUCACAACAACCGCAGGCGGAGUACAAUGUUUAUAUGUUGAUGCUAUGAGUGACAAGUGACAAGUGGGGUGUGGGGUUAGAUGUGAUAUGCACUUUUAAUUGCCCGAACACUGUAUAUGUUUGUAAGAUGUUGUUAAUUCACAAGUUUAUUUCACUUUAGAACUGAUUGGUCAGAACUCGACUUUCUGUGUCAGAGGUCAAAACGCGACUUGUUGGUAUCGGGAUCAGAACGCUACUGUUCGGAUCAGAGUUCAGAACGCGACUGUUUGGUAUGGGGAUCAGAACGCUACUGAUCGGGUCAGAGUUCAGAACGCGACUGAUUAAGCUGAUAAGAAUUCUCUCGGUCAGCGCGUAGCGCUCUCUCGUUUAAGCAGCGCACGGCGACAACGAUUAAGUUCCCACUCUCUCUCUCCUUCUCUCUCUCGCGCGCACGUAUGCUAAACAGAAUACGGUUUCCUCAACAGACACAAUGAGGCUUUGCCGUUUGGAUAGCCUUGACUUAAGCUUGUCUGCUUUCGUCAUUUUUAGUGUUCACUGAGCAAAUACGGUUGCUUGAGAAAAAAAUCACUUUACUGUGUUAGUACAAACGCGCACUGCACGGUUAGUAAGAAUUAUUGAACAACACACAAGCCUUGAUGCGAAGUUUCGUGGAAUUGUAUGCGAUGCAAAUGGCAUGCACUAAACAAUGCGCUUUAAAUACCCUGGUUGUUAAGCACCUUUUAUACUCGGAGGAGGUACACAAAAUUUUGCGAAGCGCACACACGAUUAUUGAUUGUCUUGCGAAGCAUAUGCGUCGCGAGUUAGCGCACCAAGGAUAAUGCGCAUGGAACACACGAAUUGUGAACCGCCUUUUGCGUUCAAUAUGGCACAAGAGUUUUUUCGCAAGCACACACAUACACACUAUGUGCCGUUUGUGAAACGCUACGCGCCGUGAAACGCAGGCGAUUGUGCAGGCCAAUUCAUGACGUCAAUGUUGUGAUAAACAAACCAUUUUUUAACCGCUUUUGCGGUAUGUUUUGGACCAUUGUCAUGCAUGAAUUGGCAUUUCAAUGGCAUCUCCCACUCUGCAUGAGGCAGCAUGACAGUUUGGAUGAUGUUUAAGUAUCUGUGUUGGUCCAUGAUAUCUUUUAUCCAAAAGAUAGGGCCGACACCGUCGGUAGCUUCUCCUCGUUGGCAAUUGUUCCAUUUGGUAUAAUCUACAUGGACCUCUUUGAAAGAUAUUCCACUUAGUGUAGUCAACGUGGUUAGCUACGGAUAUAUUUUAACAGUUGGAAGAACUGUGAUUCUCGGAUGUAUUUUAUAUUUUGCUGUUUGGAAGGCAUCCAACUCAAAUGCUUGCAUUCCCAGAGGCACAUUCUUACAAUGAAUUAAAAUUUCAUUAGCUUCUCCUCGUUGGAAAUUGUUCCAUUUGGUGUAAUCUACGUGGACCUCUUUAAAAGUUAUUCCACUUUGUGUAGUCAACGUGGUUAGCUACGGAUAUAUUUUAACAGUUGGAAGAACUGUGAUCCUCGGAUGUAUUUUAUAUUUUGCUAUUUGGAAGUCAUCCAACUCAAAUGUUUGCAUUCUGAGAGGCACAUUCUAACAAUGUAUGUAAAGUUCUCUUUAUUGACGUGAAAUCUAUUCUACAAAGGUUGUACAUCGACUGAGCUUUGCUUCCCGAAUUCUUUAGUUUUUAUAGUUCAUCAUACCAUCAGGGUUGUCGAACCCAUUUUUCAAUUCACAUUUGGCCCUCCUGAUGUUUCUUCCGUCUCGGAAGUUCCUUCCUCUUCUCCCUCUUCUAACUCUGAAUCUAUGUCGUCUGUCUCUACCGCAAAUGCCCAAGGCUUCAUACAAUCAUCGCUAGACGUCGUUACGUUCGCACCCUCCGCGUUACCCACUUUCCUGACUUUGUACCGCCCAUUUCGAUUCACCUGAACUACCUCAUAAGGUCCGAUAUAUUCAUUCGCAAGUUUCCGUCACGCCACAAAUUGAGUCCUACGGAUAGCUACUAAGUCCCCUACACUAUAACCCCUUUCCGGUUUGCGCUUUUUAUCAUAUUGUUUUUUGUACUGUUGUUGAGCUUUUAUAAUCGCGUUUUUGGCCUCGAGUCUCAUUCUUUUCCUAUCUUCAUCAAAUUCCUCAUAUAACUCAUCAUUUAACAAUUCUAUUAAUUGAUCACUCGCCUUACUCCUCAUUUGUAUCCCAAACAUCAGCUGAAAUGAUGAUCGUCCCGUUGACGCGUGACUAUGUGCGUUAAUAGCCUGUUGAACUUUAUUUAUAUUUUUAAACCAUUUCGCGGGAUCGUCAGAUGAAAGCUUUGACAAAAUCGUUAGUACAAUUCGGUUAACCCUCUCCGCUUGCCCGUUGCCUCUUGGCACCCCAGUAGUACUCACGACAUGAUCGAUACCAUUUUUCUUCAGAUGCUCGCUGAAUAUCUGCGAUGUAAAUGCCGAACCCCGAUCACUGAUGACGCGCGCCGGGUUGCCGAAGAUCGAUGACCAUACCUCCAGCUUCCGCAACGUUUCCUCUCCGCUGGUCGUCUUUGUAGGGAAGAGCCAAAUGAAUUUCGAAAAUCCGUCCACUACCGUUAGCACGUACUUAUACUGCUUCGCUGUCGCGUCCAUUGGUCCGACGUGAUCCAUAUGCAGGGUAUGCAGUGGUGUAUCUCCUUUGUCGAUGCAGUUCAGGAAGCCCUCCUUGUGACCAAGCUUCUUGUUGAACAUAAUGCACUUCACACAACUAUUCACUACUUGCGCCACCUUUCGUUCGAGAUGAAGUAUCCAAUAUUUCUGUUUGAUGGCAUGUGUUGUACCUUUCACGGAGAAAUGACCAUCAUUAUGCGCGUCGUGAAUAAUCUCUUUCUCCAUACUUCGUAGAACUACAAGUAGUUCAUUUCCAUCACACACUUUGUAAAGCACUCCACUUUUCAUUACAAAAUCAUCGUAUGGUCCUUUAGAAAGCAUUUCCACGAUGGCUCUAAGCCCACAAUCGCGCUGUUGAGCAGUUUUAAUACGAUAGAUCGCUUCAUUCACAAUAUGUAACACUUCAUUCGGGUAUCUGCUUAAACAAUCUACGUGUUGCAGAUUACGCCCUGGACGAUGCUCGGCUACGUAAGAAAAGUCCUGCAGAAACAUGACCCAAGCCGACACUUCACGAGGCACAUCCCUUUUCUGCAAUGUUUGCUUAAAAGCAAUACAAUCUGUUACCAACUUAAAUUGUAUUCCCAAAAGAUAAUGCCUAAACUUUUUCACUGCCAGAUACACUGCUUAUGCUUCCAAUAUAUAACUGUGAAGCUUCGAUUCUCCCUCCGUGGUCUUCUUGCUCCAAAAGAAAACUGGAUGCAUCUUUCCACUAAAUUGCUGAAGUAGCACAGCUCCAAACCCGUUCUUGGACGCAUCCGUAUGCUCUGUAUAAGCUUCCCUAUUGUACAACACUAGGAUCGGUUCCUUCACCAACACUUCCUUCAACGCUCUAAAUGCACUAACUUCAGACUCACCCAUUUCAAAUUUCACAUCUUUACGUAACAAGUCGGUCAACGGUCUCGCUACCACAGAAUAUUGUUUAAUAAACUUUCGAAAAAAUCCUGUCAACCCUAGAAAUGAUUGCACCGCCUUCACAUCAGAAGGUUCUUUAAAUUUUGUUAUCGCUGCCACUUUCUCUUGCCCGGGUGAUAUGGUUCCAUUUUCCACAAAAUGACCAAGAAACGAGAUGGAAGUUUGUAAAAACUGACACUUCUUCCAUUUAAUAUGUAAUCCAUACUCCACCACUUUUUCAAACACUUUCUUCAUUUUCUCAAGGCAUUCUUCGGCUGUAACACCAUGCACUAUAAUAUCAUCCAUAUAGAGGUUCAUCACAUCACUAUUCAAAAGCGGUUGAAACACAUAGUUCACAUAACGUAUGAAAACAGCUGGCGAAUUGCCAAAACCAAACGGUGCACGUAAAAAUUCAUACAGCCCUGUUUUCGUCACAAACGCUGUGAAUUUACGGCUACUGGGCUCGAUAGGAACAUGAAAGAAACCAUUUUCUAAAUCCAUCACCGAAAAGUAUUUCGCACUCUGCAGCUUUUCUAACACUUCAUCUAUUACAGGCACUGGAAAAGCGUCUUUUAACACCAUGGUAUUCAAUUGCCGAUAAUCUAUACACAUUCUGCUAGAUCCGUCCUUUUUCUUAACCAGCACAACACGGCUAGCAUAAUCGGAGUUUGACGGCUGAAUAAUUCCUUUUUCCAACCACUCUGCCACCUGUUUGUUCACUAUUUCGUUUUCCAUAUCAGGCAAACGACUGGGAGUAUGCCCAAACGGUGUUGCUAUGUCAUUCAACGUUAUUUUUAACUGCACUGGACACUCUUUUAGAUUAUCACUGUUGGUCAAGCGAACGCUGUUUUUCUGCUGCAUUUCUACUACCAUUUCACUAACCACCUGUUUAAACUUCGGAUGCACCUGAUAGCUUUCACUUUCAUCUCUAAUAUUCUGAAUCCACGCAACGUCUAACUCACUAAAUUGUUUUGGUGCUAUCGUGAUCGCACUGUUGUUGAUCGUAAACUCCACCGUCUCCAAAAAAUCCAUGCCAAUGAUCAAUUGUGCGUUUAUUGCUCCCUCAGGCACAACAAUAAGUUGGAUUUCGUAUGUUAAGCCAUCUAUCACGAUGGGAACCUGGGUUUCUUUGAGACCAUUCCGCAAAUGUCCACCCAAACCUUUUAGUGUUCUCUCCGAAUUGGACCAAACCUUGCGAUUUGAUGGAAGUUCCUCAAACGCAUUACUUAUUAUUAGUGAAACUUCACUUCCCGUGUCCAACAAUGCUUCAAACUCCUUCGUCCAACUUUAUUUGGUUGGCCUAUUCCUGCAUCGAGUAAACAAACUCUAAAGCAGACUCUUCUUUUUUCUUACGUCGUGUUGACAACAACCGAUGGACGUCACUCGCCCGCAUUUUACGUCCAAACUCGUUGAUCAGUGCUUGGCGCAGCUUUUGGAACGUCGUCAUACCCACAAGAGUUCCUAGGAAACUACGAGCCACACCCGUAAGCUUCUUGCGACACAUUAUAAGUUUUUGUUCAGCACUCCAGCCUGCCAUUGUACUAAUUUCCUCGAAAUGUUUUAACCAUCGAUGAAUAUCUUGGGUGGAACCAGCACUGAACGCCUCAAUCCCUUCUUCAAUGUCCCUGAAGGAAUAUGGCUGUGUUCCCGGCUGUUCCCUUUCUGGUGUUGUUUCCGCAUCGGCAUAAGCUGCGGCAUCAGUUCGAUUAAGUGUUUCAUCUUGUGUUUGUUCAUCGUAUUCGACAAUACGAGUGGCCAGUUCUUUUUUGUUUCCACCUGUAGCUAUUCCCCGUUCCUCGCACUGUUUCACCAACCCCAGUUGGGUGUAUUCCUCGACCAAAGCCGCAACGGCUGCACUCGUAUCUGCGCAUCCGUGCUCAUCCCACUUCUGACACCAAAUGUAAAGUUCUUUUUAUUGACGUGAAAUCUAUUCUACAAAGGUUGUACAUCGACUGAGCUUUGCUUCCUGAAUUCUCUCGUUUUUAUAGUUCAUCAUACCAUCAGGGUUGUCGAACCCAUUUUUCAAUUCACAUGUAUGUAAAGUUUUUUAUUCGAUUUAAGACAAAUAACACUUAAUUGAUCAGUUCAGUUCACAACGUGUUACUCGCUUCGCGGUCCGAAUACAACUCCCCCAAGCUCCCGAUUUUAACGCUGCGCGUUCUCUCUCUCGCCACUUUUUUCUUAGUUCGCUCUCGUUCUCCUGAUCUCGCUACCGUUAUUUCUCUCUCCCUACCACUAGCGCUUUUCCUUUCUUACAUGUAUUAAAAUUUCAUUAGCUUCUCCUCGUUGAAAAUUAUUCCAUUUGGUGUAAUCUACGUGGACCUCUUUAAUAGUUAUUCCACUUCGUGUUGUCAACGUGGUUAGCUACGGAUAAUAUGCCUGAUCUGAUUUUGCCAAGCCUUAAUGCGAAACAUUUGCAUAACGCGUUUUAGUACGCAGUCUUGGAUGGCAUGCAAGUGGUCUUGUUCGAGGAAGACGUAAAGCAGCCUGAUGUCUCGAUUCGCUUUUUCUAGGAAACUUAAAAGUUCUUCAGGUCUUGCCAUAGUAUCAAAUCCCCAAACACCGGCAUGGUAAUACCGAUAUUUGGAAUCAAAUCUUGUAGAAAUGAUUUCAAGUUCUCCAUUGAGAUGGACGGACUCUCCCGGAAGCUCAUCUUCGAGGUAAUUAUUCCUACUAUCUUCCAAUGUUGCUGCAGAUUCUCCGGAAUGGGCACUGGCGAAGUCGAUUUCAUCGUUAAAGUCUCCGGAUCCUCCCAUUUGGCAGUUUUUCCAAUUUUGGUAGUCAACGUGGUUAGCUACGGAUAUAUUUUAAUAAUUGAAAAAAAUGUGAUCCUAGGAUGUAUUCUACAUCACUUUGUUGAACAUAUGCAACAAAAUGCAGGUAUUCCGAGUGGAAUUUAUUAACUAGGGAUUCAAAUUUCAUUAGCGUAUUAUGUGUUGUUUCACAGUACUUUACUUGUUUGAGAACACAUGUAACUUGCGCUGAUCGUAAACUGGCUCUAGCCGUCUGCGGGAGUUACGAUUGGGAAGAUCCUGACCUUUUAACCGGGAUAACCAAGAACGCGCUUCUUCCGUGCCACGUGCCGAACGUUAACGUGGAGAUACGCUAUUGGUCGGGCUGAAUCGUGGGAGAACCGCUGUUUCGAAUGUCGCGCUAAUCCGAAGGUAGACUCGUCGAUUCGGCCAGGAGGCUACCUUUGAAUAGACGGUUGUGUCGACAACCAGCCUCUUUUGAGCACUAGCAACAUGUCGCCAUUUUGAGUCCUGCGCACCUUGUCAACUUGAUCGACGACUGCUUUGAGAGAUUAAUCAUGAGUUAACUUCUUGAGUACUUUUGCUAGAUCAAUUUGUUUUCCUGCUUUCGAGCUUCCUUCGGAGCCCGACCCUUCCGUGUUUGAGGCACAAACCAGAGCCUCUUCUGCUGGCUCAAAUUUGUGUGCCGUUUGAACUUUAAGAUCUCGGGUUUUUCGCUGUUUGAAUUGAUUUUUCAGCUCACACCCAUCUCCUUUUACACGGCUUCCAUAAACUCCACCAUUUGAGCAAUCACUCCCCCAUGCAAGACUUUAAUCGCCAGAUUAUUUGCAUAGUGUUUGAAACGCUCGAGUUGGGUUUUGUGCGUCGCUUUUGGAGGUUCUCCAUCCUCCUGCGCUUUUGAGCUCUUUUUGAAGUUUUUUUUGAGCUUGGCGAUGCACUCAUCUAUGAGUCGCUCAUGUUCUUCGUCUUCCUUGUUCUUCUUGGACUUCGGUUUGAUUCUGUCUUCCAUUUAUAUUUGGUCCAAACUCCAAUCCGAUAUCCACGCUUGCCACCAUAGUCCCCUUGUUAAUGCCCUAUGGUUGACUUUGAAUCAGGGAGUUCUACGGGAGGGUUGGCUCACUACCCCCUUAUGUGGUAAUGAGCUCAGAGCCAGGCAGGGCUAAGCAGGGCCGAAGCUCACCUGCACCUAUAGUUGUCGGUUGGAUAGUCGGUUGGAUAGAACAUCAGCCUGAAUCAAGAAGAGAGCUAAAACGAAAAACAAGAAGGGUACUCCUGUUCUUCGAUUUUUUCCCUCGCUAUGCAACGGGCGGAGAUUUCGUUCGAAUUCGUUGACAAUACUGUUGAGCGUUUCGACACACUCCUUUUUUGGAGGCGGAAAUCUCGAACAGCGCAUCGCAAUAUGCUUUAAUAAGAAGGUAUUUGUUUUCAUAUCGUUCGGUAAGAAGUUUCCAGGCAACGGCGUAGUUAGAAGGUGUGAUAGGAAUGUUUUCCAUUGUACGCUUGGCUUCUUUUGUUACGGUGGUCUGCAAAUAUGUUAGCUUGUCGCUAUCGGAUAACUGGUCUGAUGUAUCGAUCAUGGAACAAAAUGCGUCACGAAAAGUUGGCCAAUCUUGAAUGGUUCUUUGGCUAUCAGAAUAAACGGUAGACCAUUUUUUAUUUGAUUGCCAAGAUUUAUUUUAACUUUGUCGAUGGUUUACAAAAUGUGAUACGUCUUUGAGAAGAGAAUAAAGUGAAAGAGAUCGCGUGUAGUGUUCGCAGGGUUUUUGGGUUUCUGGCCGAGUGUCCGGAAGUGUCUUGCGCUGCCUUGUGGUUUAUGUCAAGUUGACAUAUUCGCUUAAUCCGUGCGCGGUGUAUGUCACACUGACGUUUUAUGGUUAAUCCGUGUGCGGUCUAUACAAUCGGAGGUCAGCUCCGAACAGUGGUACGACACCGUGGUCGCCACAGUUCCAUCAAAACAGGGCAAUUUUAGUUCAGGAAGUUUUACACGGUUGGGUUUCACGCAUGGAUAUCGGGUUUUUCUCGAUCGGGAUCACUUUUUGUUAUUAGAAGGUUUGGAGUAAGAGCCAACAUACCUUGUUCUAUGUUUACAUUCAGCUCAAAAAUCCUGUCAUCUAAACUGCUAUAGCGCUCUUUUGCCAGCUUGUACUUAGUUUCAUUAGAUUCUUCAAAUAACACAGAAAACACGACUGCUGCUUCGGAAGAAAGUUCGUUUAAUCUUACCGCAAUCAGCUUGAGUGCUGCAACGUCCGUUUUCCUCUGAUUGUAGUUGGCCUUCAUGCGAUCCAAUUGUCGACAUAGGGGGAUCAAUUGGCGAUCAGCCCUUGCGAUGUCAUUGAGGAUAGGGAACACAUCUAAAACGAUGUCCUCGUUCUGGUUCGCUCCGUUCGCGUCUGGCUCUCCUGACGGUCUAGGCACAGCUCCUGCUCUCUUCACGGUCCAGGCAUAGCCGCCGGCGAACGAACUAGAGACAUUGUAACUGAUUAAAUAAGCACUAGUACUGUUUGUGUAACGUUGACUUUUUUGCCACUUGUUUGGCUACCUUGUGUGGGUGGACCAUUUUUUUAUUUGAUUCCCAAAAUGUUACAAUAUCUUUCCUUUCACAGUUUUCAAUUUGAAUCACGCGGUAUGCAAUUACGAGAGUAAAUCUAGUUUACUGGAAGUAAGUUUUCGUGUGUCUAGGUUGGUAACAUGCAAGUGCUCGAGCGUGUGCCUAUUGACGUGCGAUCGUGUGCUCGCAUUGGGUGCUCGAAUUAGGGUGCUCGAAUAAGGGUGCCCGACGGAUUUCAAUUGGCAGUUGAUGUCAGCUCCCAACUGUGGUAAGGCCAUGACAUGGUCGCCACACACUUUUUGUUCCGUGUGGGUUUUGUGUACCGGAAUGGCGAAGCGUUUUUGUUGUUUGCACUAAUACCCGGCCGGUUUGUUCUUGUAUGAAGCACACCUUGUUUAGCACACGGCCUUUUUCGUCCGGACCAUGAAUGACUUCUUGAUUGUCCGCAGGUCUGCAGACUUCAGUAUGCUCUACCAAAGUUCUGCUCGAGACGCACUUUCACUUGUUACGUGUCGUCUCAUACAUGCCCUGCAUGAAGAUUACAUGCAAUCUCUUUGGUUUAUGAUAAGUUAUACCCUGCAAAUCGGUUGUAGCACCCAAAUCAGUAAGUAAGUAAGUGAGUUAGUAAGUAAGUAAGUAAUUGAAAUCAAAACUAAAGGAAAACACGCAAAACUGUAAUACAACAAAACCGGUGUACACACGAACUCCAUAUGAAACAUUGCUUCUUCUUCUUCGCCGUGGCACAUGCGCGCGUGCGGCUAGAAUACUCCGCCUAUAUAACGCAAUGAGCAAUGUAACAUGUAGUAGUUAAUUGUACUAAGCGCAUUACUGUAGUGUAGCGAAUGCGGAGUAGCGUUUUGCGAUGAGACAGAAGCGAACAUUGUGCAAUAGGAUUUGAGAAGGAAGAGGGUAGGUGGUGGCCUCCCCCGAGGCCUGGUACACAAGUAUUACUUACAACACAGUUCAACAGUAGUUGCAGUAUAUAAAUGCGUGUGCAUCAUUAAAAAAAACCCAAUAUUAUCCAUUACAAAGCUAGUGUCCUGGUAAAAAGAAAUAUCUAAAAGCAAUACUAAAAUCGUUAUAAAUAUGCGACCUAGCGAAAUGAACUAAUAACAACAGGUCCAUGUAUAAUACAAAAAUAAAAAGGAACAGUAACAAUUCGAAUCCCAAGCGCAGUGAAUAAUGCAAUGCAAAUAGCGAUCUCAUGGCAUGAUGAGGUAUGAGAAUGGCAAUUAUAAAUCAAAGAGUUUUGUAGGAUGAAUGAGGCAGCUGCUGUACACGAUAAAGGGGGGCGGCGUUAGGGAGAUGUGUCAGGCACACGGAAAAAUGGUGGACGCGCUUCCAUUUAGUAUAGAUGCGUUAUGGGGAUAAUCCUAUCCACGAAUAGAUUGAAACGAAUGUUCUGCAGGAAACAAUAGGAAAAGAAGAAAACGAUGCAACAAAUACAAAUCUUCUUCAUAAUCCACAAAAGUGAGUGUGUACGGUAUAGAGAAAUGUAUUCUUUCGCCUUGUAGACGGGGUGUAGAAAUCAUAAUAACAAACUCUCUUCUCCCCCCUUUUACGCUUAACUCACCUGGAUUGACUCACCACGAAAGUUUUUGUGCUCUGACGAUGUUAAAAUUUGCGAGAACAAUAGUGAAUUGCUGUGAUUAUUGAAAAUUUGUAAAAAUAUUCUUUUUUUUUAAACAAACAAAACCUUACCCUCUACAUGAAUCAAAGCUUAAGUUAAUGAAUUCCGCUGACUGUGUACAAAUGCUCCCAGUGUAUGUAAAAGUAAAGGCUUUAUACUAGUAUGCGUACUCUCUAAAUCUUGUCAUUAUCCUGUGUCAACUUGUAAACAUCACGAAUCGAUUAUUACCAAAUCGGGUUUAGCUUAUUUAAUAAUGUAUUAUAGUUGAGUUUCCUGCUACAUUUUCUCUAGCAACGAUAACAACUACACAACCGCCAUAACACAGGUAGUACGCUCAUCCAGAGCAGGGAGAGAGCAAUUACUUAAACGGGUCAGAAUUGAUUAGGACGGCAACUUAUGUGCGAAUAAAACGUGUAAAGACUUAAUUUCACAACAAAAAAUAAGGAUUUCGUCGUGAAAUAUAAAGAAUUAAUUAUGAAUUGUGUAUGAAUCUGCAUGAGCAUCCCAACAGUUACGGGUAGUGGAUGAACAUAGGAUGGUUUCUUAUGCACCUGCAAAAGAUAAAAUGGAUAAAAUCAAGGUGCAUAACAAGUAAUAAAUAGCAGCACGAAAUGGAAUUUAGUCUUACAAAAAAAAGUUAAUUCAAACACAACACCCAAUCUGCAGUCCACGUUAAGUGUAUCUUUUCCAUCGUGCACACACGGCCGCUAAAACACUGGUUACUCACUGAUCCCGUACUAAUGAGAAAUGUUAAAUGUUAGCUGAAGCUGGUGAAGAGACAUCAAAACGGUUGCCUGAUAUUUUGUAAAUUGUAUUUUUUCCCUUUUUAAUUUUGCAAAGUAUGGUUGCAUGUAGAAGGAGAGGCAUAUUCUCAAUCCCUUAGGGCAAGUGUGUAAAGUAAACAGUAAAACCGAGACAUCACUGAUCAUUAAUCAAUAACUUACGUAGAGAAGCAACCCCCAGAACUCUCUGCAAAGCGAUAUGUAAUAGACUACCAACUUAAACUACCGCAAAAUAAAACUUAUAUAUUCUAUAAAGUU